AGCUCAGUUUAUUUCGAGAAGCGAAGGCGUGCGUAUCGAUGAUAGCAGCUUCUGGGAACACCACCGUUUGGGUUUGAUAACAAUAAAGAACACGCGUAUUUCACAACUAAUGACAAUUAAGUCCCAUUAAUUGGCUGGAAUUUGUGGCUCGAAGAACGGAUAAAAUGAAGCCAACAGGUGGUCAAACGAGUUUCCUGGGCCUGCUGCUGCUUUGCCUGCUGAGCUGCGUGUCCGCCUACAAUUAUCUAAUGGUGCUCCAUACGGCCGCCCGAUCCCACUACCAUGUGGGAUCAGCCCUGGCCAAGGGAUUAGCCAAUGCCGGCCAUCAGGUCACCCUUGUGUCACCCUUCGAGCUGAAGAAACCCAUCAAAAACAUCAAGGAUGUGACAGCCAAGGGCAUUAUAGCCAGAAUGCAGGGAAGAAUGAGCAACUUGCUGGAGAGUUCCAAGCAGCCGAUAAUGAAGCAGAUCGUGGAAUUCCAUCAAAUGGGUAUUGAAAUAACCGAUUUCUUGCUAAAUGAUCCUGGUGUGGUGGAGCUUAUGAAGUCAAAUCAGACCUUCGAUGCUGUGAUAUGUGAGGUCUUCCUCAAUGAAGCCCAUUUCGGCCUGGCCGAGCACUUCAAGGCCCCGCUGAUAGGAGUGGGCACCUUUGGGGCCAUUAGCUGGAACACAGAUCUGGUUGGCACGCCCUCGCCGCCGUCGUACGUGCCGCAUGCCAUGCUCAAGUUCAGCGACCGCAUGUCCUUUGUGGAGCGCGUGGCCAAUCUGGCCUUUGCCACCUACGAGUAUCUGUUCCUAAACUUUGUCUAUCUGCCCCGACAAGAGGUUCUGUACCGGAAGUACUUCCCCAACAACAAGCAGGACUUUUACGAUAUGCGCCGGAACACGGCUCUGGUGCUGCUCAAUCAGCAUGUCUCACUCAGUUUCCCGCGACCCUACUCCCCCAACAUGAUCGAGGUGGGCGGCAUGCAUAUCAACCGGAAACGCCAGCCCCUGCCUAAGGACAUUGAGGCGUUCAUCGAGGGGGCCGAGCAUGGUGUCAUCUACUUCUCAAUGGGCUCCAACCUGAAGAGCAAGACCCUGCCCCUGGACAAGAGACAGGCCUUGAUCGACACUUUUGCCCAGCUGAAGCAGCGAGUGCUGUGGAAGUUCGAGGACACGAACUUGCCCGGAAAACCCGACAAUGUCUUCAUCUCCGACUGGUUCCCCCAGGACGAUAUCCUGGCUCACGACAAUGUGAUUGCCUUCAUCACCCACGGCGGUCUUUUGAGUACCACGGAAUCGAUUUACCACCGCAAGCCCUUCGUGGGCAUCCCGAUCUUUGGGGAUCAGUUCCUGAACAUGGCUCGGGCCGAGCAGAAUGGCUAUGGUGUGACGGUGAACUACGAGGAACUGACUGCUCCCAGGCUCCUGGCGGCCAUUCAGCGACUUAUUGAGGAUCCUGAGGCCACCAAGAAGGUGCGUGACAUGUCCGACAGGUAUCGGGAUCAGCCGCAGAAGCCCCUGGAGCGAGCUGUGUUCUGGGUAGAGCACGUGUCCCGGCACAAGGGCGCCAAGUAUUUAAGGAGCGCCUCCCAGGAUCUGAAUUUCAUUCAGUAUCACAGCCUGGAUACCAUGCUGGUCCUGUACGGAGGCAUUGCAUUCGUGAUAUUCUGCAUUCUGCUGCUCAUACGUAGGGUGUGGCGCUUCCUGCAGGAAUUGUUUGUAAGGAAGGACACUCACAAACAAAAGCCGAAGGUCAAGCGUAACUAAGAAGAAGAGAUUAAUGUGUCCAGGACCUGCUAAUAAGUAAGAAUAGCUCUCCUAAGAAUGCAUACUGUGCUAGGUUUUUAAGCUGUGUUUUUAGCAGAAAGAUAAAGAAAGUCAAUUCGGUUCAAAAUAAAAAAUAAUAUAUAUUAUA